UCAAUUUCACAGUGAAAUAAAAAACAAUGACUAGCUCCGAUCAAUCUCCAUCGCACAACGUCUUCGUCUACGGCAGUUUCCAAGAACCAGCCGUCGUCAAACUAAUCCUCGAAUGUGUUCCGGUCAUGGUUUCCGCUCAACUCCACGGCUAUCACUUGUAUAGACUUAAAGGUCGUUUGCAUCCAUGUAUCUCUCCUUCUGAGAAUGGACUUGUCAACGGCAAGAUACUAACUGGAUUAACAGAUUCUCAGUUAGAGAGUUUAGAUAUGAUUGAAGGAACUGAAUAUGUGAGGAAGACUGUUGAAGUUGUUUUGACUGAUACUUUGGAGAAGAAGCAAGUUGAAACAAUUGUAUGGGCAAACAAGGAUGAUCCUAAUAUGUAUGGAGAAUGGGAUUUCGAGGAAUGGAAGAGGCUUCAUAUGGAGAAAUUCAUAGAGGCGGCGACGAAAUUCAUGGAGUGGAAGAAGAAUCCAGAUGGGAGAAGUAGGGAAGAGUUUGAGAAGUUUGUACACGAUGAUCCUCCUGCCGCGGCUUGAAGAAGUUGUUUGCGUUUAUCUAUCUUUAUGUUUUCUUGUUUCAUAUCAAGGUUUGUGAAAGAUCACUGCGAAUAAAAGGGUCUUUACUUC